AUGAAUUAAUUAACAUUAGUAUGUUUAAGUGACACUCAUUCUAAAUUUGUGGAUGUACAAAAUGGUGAUGUACUUAUUCAUUGUGGUGACUUUACUAAUUGGGGACAUGAACAAGAAAUUAAAGAUUUUAUAUCAUGGUUAAAAGCAUAACCACAUAAACAUAAAAUUGUUGUACCUGGCAAUCACGAUAUAACUUUAGAUAUAGAAAAAUAUCCAUAAUUGAAACAGAAAUUACAUAGAUACAGCAAUUUUAAUCCAGAAUAAUUGUUAUAGGAUCUUAAAGAUUGUUGUCAUUUGCUUAUAAACUCAUCAGUUACAAUAGAAGGUUUUAAAUUUUGGGGUAGUCCAUACUCAUAAGAAUAUUGUGAUUGGGCAUUUUAAAUAGAAGGAAGUAGUUAAUAAUUUUGGGAUAAAAUAGAAGAAGGAUCUGAUGUUAUUAUUACUCAUGGGCCUCCAUAUUUUUAUGGAGACAAAACCAGUAAUGGAUCAAGAGUUGGAGAUAAAUAUUUAAUAGAAAAAGUGAAGAAAAUUAGACCAAAACUUCAUGUUUUUGGUGGUAUUCAUGAAUCCUAUGGAGGAUAUGAAGAAGAUGGAGGUUAUAGAGAUGAUGCUAUUAAGUUUGUUAAUUGUUCAAUUAUGGAUGAAAAAUUCAAAAUUUAGAAUAAACCAUAUGUUUAUCAUCUUACAAGGAUUAAUGAAAUUUGA